UGCGCUGUUGUGGGUGUUUCUUAAAGACAUUUUUUUCUCUUAACAGAAAAGUCUUAAAGACGUUUACUUAAGACUAACGUUUAUAGAAGUUCAAUUUAGUAAAUCGUGCCACACACAGCUCUAAAUGUUUGAAAAAAGUUUGUUUUAUUUGAUUUGAAAUAUCUCCAAUUGUUUUGCUUUUUGAUCAACAUCUGUUUUGACUAAAGUUUCUACUAUCCAAAUCGGCAAUUUUUAGAAUUUCUAAUUACAUGUAUAUAAUUACAAAAAGAAUGAAAUUUUAUUUAGUUUUGAUUUCACGGAUUUUAUUUCCCCGGUAUUACCGGUAACACCGUGUCCAAUCGUUACUUUGAAAAACCGGAUCAGCAACGUAAGAACUCGGAUCAAAUGGAGCAGUUUUGGUGAUUUUGGGAGAAGACACUGAUUGUACUACUGUUGGUAUUAUUUGCUAUUGCAACAGCUCAAAAAGGCAAAAUCAAGCUAAAUCUACCUAAGAUAACACUCAAACCAUUUUCAUGGACGUUGAAACCAUUGAUAGGAAACGGAAGGCCAAAUGGUCUAUCAGGAACAGGAAUUUGGAAGCCACCAAACACUAGAAAUACAUUUACAGGAACUGGAAGUUGGCAAAAUGGGAAAGGAUUUGGCGGGAGUUUGAAGGGAACAUUUGGAAUCGGAAGGCGUUCCUUUCUUAGUAUCGGCGUUGGUGGAGGUGGUGGAAAUCCGUUUCGAGCAAACGUUGGUUUAAGAAUAGCUUUUCGAAGGAAACGGAGAAGUGCGAUAGCUCGUGAACUGUUUGAAAUUUGAUACUUUUUAUUUUCUUUAUACGUUUUUAAGUUUUACAUAAAUACUUAAACUAGUAUUGAUGUUCUGUGUAUUGUAUUACGUCAGCUCCAAAUGAAAGUUGAUGUGCAAUGUUUAUUAUUGUAAUAUAAUAUAUCUUCGUGUAUUUGAAGCCAAGCCAAACACGCGAAACAUUUUCAAACUACGAAAUACUCCAUGACGCGGACUGCGGACAUCGGACUGCGUACUUACAGUAGGGGUUUUCUCAAAAUAUUUAAAGGUUCUCAAGAAAGAAGACGUACAUAUAGUAUAUAUGUUUCUUUCACCUAUAUGUGAAGUAAAUUUUGCCUUCAUUGUAGAAAUUAGUGUAUUUUGAUAUAAUUGUCUGCUUAUGCAAUACAUUCGUUUGAAAAUAUGUGGAUAGUGAACAGGCUACAUUUAAUAUACGUAAUCGCAAUUUUCAGUUGUCAUAUUCUAUUACUUUUUAGUUCAUGACAUAUUUUAACGAUUCGGCUUCAUAAAUGUCUUCAUGUAGGAUGCCUAUUGGUUCAGCUAAAUACUCUGUCGCAUUUUACUUACCUUUGGCAUGUUCUUCAAAUAUCCGUGUAUUUUAACAUUUUGUUUUGAUAUUGAGAAUUUCUGGCGUGACUUAUCUUCCGCGCGACUCGAAUGACACGAAAUGUGAAGUUUCGAACCCACGGUACUUUAAUAAUACUUCACCUUAAUAUGUUCAUGCGUUGAAAUACAACUUGAGACAUGGAUUUGAAGAUAACGGCGAUUCCUAUAAAAACAGUUUGGUUUUAAUUUGUGUCCGUCAAUACAUUUUCUUGACUUGUUUCUCCUAGCAGCAAGGGAAGAAAACAAAAACGCAGAACAAAAUAUUAUUGUGAAAAAAUAAUUAAACACUCUGAAUAAAAUGAACGUCCAUUUAAUUUUUGUUGAAUGGUAUAAAUACCGUGUUCUCGUAGACUUCUGUAUGGAAAAAGUAAUUGUUUUUCAUUAAUUUUGAUAAUUGUAGAGUGUUUCAUAAAAUAGAAGUUUUAAUGAAGUAUCUUGAAUAAUUUAGUCCAACACUUUGUUUAAACACGCAGGCAGUUCUGAUACAUUUAACUUUCAUCAUCCGAUACAUUACCAUAAUUUAGCGAAACACCCUGUAUUUAGUUAUGUGUCAGCAUGUUUGAAAAUAAAACAAGAAAUAGCCACUUCGUAUUUUCAUAAUCUGAUAUCAAAUUUUGAAAAAUGAACAAGACAGGCUCGAUCUUGAUGACUGAGGUCACGCCAAGAUUGAAUUCCUGGACUUCUGUUUUCAAAACAUUUUGAGUCUCAGCUGAGCUUGAUAAUGAAACUUUGUCAUUGAUAUCAAAAUUGCAUGUUAAAAUUUAAUUUUUAAAUUCAUGACUAUUUUCAAGUGACUAUUCAGUAUAGAUUGUCAGUUUCAACUGGACUUAGUCAACUCCGAUGACACAAUUUGAGCAAUCAAUUAUUUAUGGUCAUUUAAUACCUUGGUGGACAACCACUUUAUCUGAUUUGUGGUUUAACUUAUCUCGUGCAGAAAAAUGUUUGCUUGAUUGUAAUAAUAGAGCUGAUAAGACUAAGUUGAAAGCUAUUUAUGUUAAACUUCGAAAGCAGUUUGAUACAAAGGUACAAAGGGCGAAGCGACUUUACCGGUACAACAUGCAACAGGAAUUGUUGGAUGAAUGUAAUGUCGAUAAGUCAUGUUUUUGGAAGUCAGUUGGAAAGAUUGGAGUUGGGCAUGCUUCUAAAAAGGCUGUUCCUGAUGAGGUUGUACUUGAUAACGGCGCUAUAUCAUCUGAUACUGGUGACGUUUUGCAUAAAUGGAAAAUUGAAUUCUGUUCAUUGCUAAAUAAUCCAAAUACUGUAAAUAGAGAUUUGAGUAUACUUAAUAAUGUUUUUGACAAUUCGCUUUGUUUUAAUAACGAUAUAUCUAUUUUUGAAGUGAAAAAGGCAAUAGAUGCUGGUAAACGGGGAAAAGCUUGUGGGAUGGAUAGCAUCCCUACUGAGGCUUUGCAAAAUGAUACAGCUAUUGUAUUUUUACACGCUUUAUUUAACAUCUGUUUCAAAACUGGUAAAAUUCUAACUAUAUGGGGUAAGAGUGUUAUAAAUCCUGUUCCAAAGUCUGCUUCAAUGGAUCCGAGAAAUCCUUUGUCUUAUAAAGGCAUCUCAUUAUCUUGCUCUGUAUAUAAAUUAUAUUGUUACAUUUUAAAUGAUAGGCUUGGUACCUGGGCAGAAAAUGAAAAUAUCGUAGUAGAUGAACAGAAUGGUCUUAGAAAGAAACGUAGCACCAUUGAUCAUCUUUCAACACUGACAAAUAUUAUUGGGACUAGAAAUAAACAUAAGCAAUAGACAUUUUGUGCAUUUAUCGACUUUAAGAAAGCAUAUGACUAUAUAAAUCGUGAUCUUUAAGAAAGCAUAUGACUAUAUAAAUCGUGAUCUUUAAGAAAGCAUAUGACUUUAUAAAUCGUGAUCUUUUCUGGAAAAAAUUGUAUGAUAUUGGUAUUAAAGGUUAUAUGUUGAGAGCAGUACAAUCACUCUAUUCAUCUGUAUAUUCUUGUGUAAGAGUAAACUCUAGACACACAGACUGGUUCACUGUAAGUUCUGGUUUACGUCAGGGUUGUAUUUUAUCACCCCUAUUGUUUAAUUUGCACAUAAAUGCCUUGGUCAUAUAUUUAAAAUCUUUUGAUCUUGGAAUAGAAAUUGAUUCUGAGAAAAUUUGUGCAUUGUUAUAUGCAGAUGAUAUUGUUCUGUUGGCUAAAAGUGAAACAGAUUUACAGUGUCUUAUAAACGCACUGAACGAUUGGUAUAUUGUAAUACUAAUGAUAUGUAUAUUAAUUGUGUUAAGAGUCAAAUUGUACAUUUUCGACACAAAUCUGUUAGUAAAACAAAUGUUAUUUUUAAAUGUGGUGAAAAUGUUUUAAACCCCAGGGCUCAGUAUAAAAGGACAGACUCCGCCUCCAAAAUGUCAAUGGUGGCAAAUUCAAACACAGUGCAGACAACAGAGAUUUUUUGUGUAUUUUUUCAAAAUAACUAAAAAGAUACUGAAUGAACUAAUUUUAUUUUAACACCACAUGAAGAAACUUAAACACUCUUUUAUUACAUCCAUAAAUUGUGUAUAAACAUGAUCUUGCUAAAAAGUUAUUUGAAGCCAAAAAAUAAAGGAAACACUGAAAAUGACAGUUAAAAUUUGAAAUUUAACCUUUGAACUUGGUCAUGUGAUAAAAUCCAUGCAGUCAGUGGAAAAUGUAAACACAAAAGUUUAUCUCAGGUCAAGAACUGAUAAGCACAGGUAGCUCUCACAGAUGGUAGCAUCAGUGUUUAUGUAAUCAGCAAUAAAUCCAAGAUGAUAAGCUAGCAGUAGAAUUGCACACACUUUAUGGAAUGCACUGUUUAUGACUAGUUGUAAAAAUACUUUCUGGUCAGUUUGAUUUACUCUAUAUAAUAUUACUGUAAAUUUGAUUUUCUUUCCAGUAGUAAAACCUCAGUCAAACAUACUUGUUCAAGUUCUAUCAGACUAUAUAUCACCACCAUUUAUGUCCCAUGUAAGGCUGACCAACCGGAUUCGGGUAUGCAUUUCUGACUUUAUUCAGGAUACAUUGUGGCAUUAUUUCUCUCAGUGUCCACACAUCUUCUCCUUCAUUUGCAUGUAAGAGAUUUUGUUUUUUCCUCAAAUACCUUGGAUGAGUCCAAGCCCCCCUUCUGUCCAUCAUUUUCCAAAAUUUUUUAUAUUUAAUUUUCGUAAUGCUGAAUUUCUUUGGUGUGGAGGCGCGAGAUUACCUAACCAUAGGUGCUGUACUGAUGUAACACCUGAGCUACAAAAGCAAAUUU